AAGCAAUACCCGUGUGACAAGUGCUCUAAAGUAUUUAACCGUCCAAGUGCAUUAACCACUCAUUCUUAUACACAUACUGGUGAGAAACCUUUCCAGUGUCAAAGCAAAGGGUGUGGUCGUCGAUUCUCGGUGCUAUCAAAUCUUCGACGACAUUUGAAGGUUCAUCAAAAG